AUGCAGCUCCACCAACAACAUCAACAGCAGCGAUGCAGCUCCGCCAACAACAUCAACAGUAGCGAUGCAGCUCCACCAACAACAUCAACAGCAGCGAUGCAGCUCCACCAACAACAUCAACAGCAGAGAUGCAGCUCCGCCAACAACAUCAACAGUAGCGAUGCAGCUCCGCCAACAACAUCAACAGCAGCGAUGCAGCUCCACCAACAACAUCAACAGCAGAGAUGCAGCUCCACCAACAACAUCAACAGCAGAGAUGCAGCUCCGCCAACAACAUCAACAGUAGCGAUGCAGCUCCGCCAACAACAUCAACAGCAGCGAUGCAGCUCCGCCAACAACAUCAACAGUAGCGAUGCAGCUCCACCAACAACAUCAACAGUAGCGAUGCAGCUCCACCAACAACAUCAACAGCAGCGAUGCAGCUCCACCAACAACAUCAACAGCAGCGAUGCAUCUCCACCAACAACAUCAACAGUAGCGAUGCAGCUCCACCAACAACAUCAACAGGCAUCUCGACACUGA